GCGUCGCGUGUGGGUUUAUUCCCGGUGAAAAUGGCGACGGGGGCAGGCUGGCAGCCUCCGUACAGCACCUCGACUAGCAGCACCAAAUAUCCCCCCUGCACAACCUCCAGCAUGCUCUACGACGGGAGCCUAACGCUGGAAUACACUCAAGACCUGCAUUUGAAGAUGAGCAAGAAGAUAGCACAGCUGACCAAGGUAAUUUAUGCUCUCAACACCAAGAACGAUGAGCACGAAGAAGAAAUCGAGUCCCUGAAAGAAGCUCACGAGGACGAGGUCCAACACAUUGUGACAGAAACCAGAGACAAGAUCAUGCAGUACAAGACUAAAAUGGCGGACGAGGCGGAUCUGAGGCGGCGGCUUGCCAGUCUCGAGGAAUCUGUAGAGCUCCACGAACACAUGAAGAGACAGGCUCUAGCAGAGUUCGAGAUGUACAGACAGAGGAUGGAGGACUCGCAGCUGUGCACAGAGGCCCAGCACACGCAGAGGGUCGUUUCUAUGAGCAGAGAGGUGGAGGAGAUGCGUCGGGAUUUUGAGGAGAAACUGCGCUCGUUCAGCCAGGCUCAGGCGCAGUUUGAGGCUGAGAAGCGGCGAGCGCUGGAGGAGCUGAGGACCACCCACCGCCAGGAGGUGGAGGAACUCCUCAACAACCAGCGGAACCAAAGCGCCUCCUCCACAGAAGACCAGGAAAAGCUGGCUGAGCUUCAUAGACAAGAGGUGGAGGCAUUGAUGGAGAGGGUGGAGGAGCUAACAAAGGAUAAGGUCCACCUGGUGGAGGAGUAUGAGGCCAAGCUGGCCAAGGCUCAGGAGUAUUAUGAGAGAGAGCUGGAGGCCAUGAGGAGAACACACCAGCUCACCACUGAGAACCUGCUGGCCUGGAAGAGGACGGAGGUCGAGCUUCGUAAGGAGUUCCAGGCGCAGGAAGUGGCAUUGCAGCGUUCACUGUCCAAGCUGAGGAGUGAGCUGCAGAAAGCUCAGGAGGAGGCCAGAGAGAACCGCGACAAGACCAACAGACUGCAGACGUCACUGGCCAACGCAGAGGGAACCAUCAAGGUGUGUGGGAACCUUCACAAGCAGCUGGAAGAGGCAAUCCAGGACGGAGAGAUCUGGGUGAUGCAGCUUAAGGACACCGAGUAUGAACUAGAGAGCAGCAGAGAACGAGUUCAGCAGCAGGCUACUGAAAUCCUGCACAAAGCCAGUCAGAUCGGCUCCUUGCAGGCAACACAGAUGGCCCACGAGGCGACCAUCAGGAACUUGGACCAGGAGCAGAGCCGCCUCAAGGAGAAGAUCAGCAGGCUGGAGGAGGAGAGGGAGGUUCUGCUCAGCCAGAGCCAGACCGCCAACGACCAGCACAAACAACAAGUGCUCAAACUGGAACAGUCUCUGCGCGAGGAACACCAGGGCUAUGAGAAGGAGCUCUCCAGGUUGAGAGCGCACUAUGAGGAGGAGACACUUCGCUUCAAGGAGGCGCAGGUCAGAGCAUUGGAGGAGCUCGAGGAGAAACACCAGGUGAUGAGAGAGGAAGCCCAGCAAGAGAAAGAGGAGGAGAAGAAACUCCUCAUGACGAAAAUGAGCCAGGAGUUUGAGAUUAAACGGCUGUCGUUAGAGGAGCAGAGGGAUCGCCUCCAGCAGCAACUCGACAACUUGAAAGAGGAGCUCUCGGCCAAACUCAACAUGGCCAAUCAGGAAGUGUCCCACCUUCAGGAGCUGGUGAGAGAGGGGGAACAGAACCUGAGUUCAGCUCAGACGCAGAUUACCUGUCUGAAGGAAACUCAGGAGAAACUCAAGAUAGAGCUAGACGCGACUCGAGCCCGCGUCCGAGAGACGAGCAACCUGCUGACUGACCUACAGGAAGAGAUUGAAACCCAGAAGCAGCAGCAUGAGGCCAGAGUGAUGUCCAUCAGAACAGAGGAGAAGCAGAAGAUGGACAAGAUGGCAGAUGACUUGGAUCGGAAAUGGAGAGAUGCACUGCGGGAAGAAGUGCGUUUGUUAAAGGAGGAGUUGACCGAGGAGUAUGAAGCAGACAAACAGGCGGCCAUGACUCAGCUGUCCCAGCAAAAAGAGCUGGAGAUGAUGGCAGCGAGGGAGGGCUGGCAGAGGAAGGUCGAAGACCUGCUGGAGCAGAUCUCUCUGCUGAAACAGUCCCUGGAGCUGCAGCUGUCUCAGUCUCAGUCAGCUCUCCAACAGCUGCAGUCUCAGUUCAACCAGGAGAGAGAGCUCCUGAGCCAACAGCUCAAAGAGAUGCAGAGAGAACAUCAGAGGAGAGAGCAUCGAUUACAGGAGGCUCACUGCUGUGCCCUCAGCACCAUGGAGGAAGCCAGGCAGCACCAGAUAAGAGCCCUCGAGGAACGUCUGAAGCAGGAGCAGCGGGAGGAGGUUCACGCUUUGAAGGAGGCCCACAGGAGGACCUUAGAAAUCCUCAGACAGCAGUCGGACCAGGAGCUGCAGACACUGCGAUUUGAAUUGGAGGACGAGGGGAAAGCAAAGCUGGCCUCUCUUCGUGCAGAACUGAACCACCUCCACGCGACAGCCAUCGAGCAUCUGAAGCAAAUCCAUCUCAAAGAACACACUGCCACCAAACGAGAGCUAGAGAAAGCCAUGGAGCACAGCCAAAAGCAGGAACAAGAUCUCUUAAUUCGUAUCUCAGACCUGCAAGCGGAGCUGUGUUCCCGUAGCAACCGUAUCACCGAUCUGGACCAUGAGAUCCACUCUCUGAACGAGACCAUCGACACACUAACCAGAGAGCUGGAGCUGAAGGGCAAAGAGGUGCUGCGGGUCCGCAGCGAAGCUAACCAUCAGAUAAGAGCUCAUGAACAAGACCUUGCAAAGAGACACGAGCGAGAGAUGGGGGAGCUCAAUGCAGUCCAUCAGAGAGAAACACAAAUCAUGCUGGCUGACUUCAACAAGGCCCAGGAGGUCCUCAAAGACAAGAUUUCUGCUCUACAAAUACUGUUGGAGGGCACAGAGGAGAAGUUAAGAAACAGAGAAAGCCGACCAGAAGACCUGCAUGUGAUAGCAGAGCUCAGAGAGAUGGUGACUGAAAGGGAAGCUCUGGUCAAAAAGCUGGUGGAUGACAAGAAGUUCUACCAGCUGGAGUUGGUCAACCGAGAGACGGGAUUCAACAAGGUCUUUAACUCCAGUGCCAACGUUGGUGUCAUCAACCCUCUUAUUAAGUCAAAAACAGGCAGCCAAUCAGAUCACCGCUUCACCAGCUUUCCUAGCCAUUCAGCUCUCCGAUUCGUCAGCCCUCCCACCAUGACUCAUGAAGGACAGGAAGAGGAGGGACGGGAGGUGGAGGAGGUAGGAUCAGGUGGCCCUUUUGCGCCUCCUAACUCCCCCCUCCAGAGAUCCCUCCCCCGACUUAGGAAACCCCUUCCCCUAUUCAGCCCUUAUCCUCCUGCUCCUCUUCCUCAGCAUCCUCCUCCUCCUCCUCCUUCUUCUCCUCAUCCUCCACAUCAUCCCAUGCCAAGCCUUGCUCUUCCUCAUGCUCCUCAUCCUCAGGAAUCUGUGGUGCAGCAUCAGGGCCUGCAGAGCUUCGGGAGCCUUCCUGAAGCCAACGCUGCGACACCAUCGGACCCCGCGCGGAUGAAUCCAGGAAAAAGCAAAGAAUACAUCACAAAAGAAGAGGAGCUGUACGCCCAGUACUUCACUUUCUGACUCGCUAAAUCCCAACUGUGUCAAAAAAAGGAAGUAAUGGGACAGAGAGCUAAAGUUGGACAACGAUCAAACUGCAGGUUUUCACAGUCAUUUGGGCGACAUGAAUAUGAGAUGUCCUCUCCUCAUUGCAGCACUCCCAUCUGUCGUGUGCAUCGCUGAGUGAAUUUAACCUUAGGGCUUCCAUACGUGGCGAGCACGAUGAGCAGUGUGGCUUAUCAGUGCUUCAUCAUGAAAGUAUGCAUGGCAGAAAGAGGUGACAUAAAACAUUAGUAUACAGCGAUUUGUCUUUUACAUUUAUGCCAUCUGUUAUUCUGCAAAAGAGGCCAUUUGUAUGAGCUCUCAUGCUACCCAAUGUAAAGUGUACGAGAAAAUUACAAGUUAGAAAGAAUUAAUGUCCUCUGAAUUUAAAUGUAAUAAUUUAUUUUACACUGAAGUUCAAAUGCGUGGCAUGCUCUACAGAGAUUUCCCAAAGGGAGUUGCAUGUUUAUUGAUGACGAAGCUGGUGCUAAUGAUUUCAUCUCAUUUUUUUAAGAUUUACCGGUUGCCAAGCGAUGUCAAAAUGUAUCCUUUUGCAUUUAAAAUCUACAAAUCAAUAUGAAGACUCUGAUUAAUAAUGAGAGUAACUCUACACGGUGCUUUUUGAACACCGUUCUUAGGGCUGCAGUUAAUUAAAUUUUAAUCUUGAUCACAAUUUUGGCUCCUAACAGCUAAAAUGUAUCAUCUGCCAAAAGCACACAAAGCAAAUCAAGCGCUCACUGAAUCACUGCCUGCAUGUGCCAAUCACAGCUUCCUGGAUUUUUCCUGGAUGUAACCUGGACGAGUAACAACAAAACAUGAACUACACAGACCAGACAUCAAUAUAAAAUUCAAACGUGCGGCAUGCUUUAAGCGGAUCAUCAUUAUCAUUAUUUGGAAACACUUCAGAUUUUUGGUUUUAAUUGCUACAAAGCGACACAGCUAACUAACACUGGUGUACAGAAUGCAGUAGUUGCUGGCGGGAAUGAUCCAGCAGUUUGUCAUAACCCUACAGAUGAAUCAUUAAAUCAUUAAAUCCUUAAUGCAAAUUCAGAGCACAUUUUAAUGACCACUAAAUCACUUUGACUUUUACUUUCAACAGUAGUUAAUAUAUUAAAACACACCUUUCACUUUUUUGGAGACAUCAAAAUAAAACAGAUGUGACAGUCAGCACAAAAAGUUUCAGACAUUUUUCAUGGUGCAUGUUUGAGGUUUAUUUUUUCAUUUCCAAAUACAUAAUUUGUUUAUGACAAUUCAGUGGGCUACAUACUGGACUUAG